AUGCAGUAUAUUUUGGGCACCUCUCAUUCUCAUAAUGGGGUUUCUGUACUGUGUUUCACAGCUAACGAGGAGUAUUGCUGUGGGAAAGGAGCUGCACCUUUGCGAGGCGAUGUUAAUUAUGGGUCUGUCCAAGAGCAUUAUGUAUUCUGUGUGGUUUAUUCUGUGCGUGGUGCAGUACCGCGCUACAAGCCUGAUUAUGUCAUUGAUGGUGAAGUUGGCGUACCUGUCAAGGACAAACCAAACUACCUUUGUAUUUUUAUACUCGCGUUUCUCUUUGGCCCUUCCGCGGUCGUGCCGUCGGGUCUUUUGGAGACGCUGUUUAACAGCGUCAGGCAUGCCGCCAUUUUCGCGGCGCUUAUCUACUUUGCCUGCGCGAUUCCCCUCUUUCCGGUGACGGAGUUCCCUGCCUCAGGAAAGCUUGCUGCGUCAUUUUUGUCACCGAGUGCAUUCGCUGUUGGGGCUGCGGUUUCAUUUUUCCACGAACUUUUCGGCGGCAUGAGUCUCUCGCACCUCACUCACUUCCGCGACGAGCCGAAGCUGGCUGCGAUACUCGGGGCGCCGCUGCUGGAGAGUGUGCCGUACUUGGUGAUAACGGUGUACCUGGACGUCGUAAUACCGAAGGAUUGGGGGACGGCCAGGCGCCUAUUGUUUUUAAUUCUGGUGCCUAUACGUUGGUUCCGUGGCAAAGGGGGGGAGACGUAUGCGAAGAGGGUGGCCCUGAUGGGCGGGCUCUCGAUGGCGUCUUUGAAAAUGACGGAAUGGAAAAUGAGGAGGGCGACGCAGUGCGUCUUUUUGGGUUGCGGAAGGUCUACCGGCGAGGUGGGAAGAAGUUUGUCACAGUGA